AUGUGGAAUAACAAGCACUGGCCGUCCAUUGGACUAAAUGAAGAGCAGAAAGAAUUUCAGAAAGUGGCCUUUGACUUUGCUGCCCGAGAGAUGGCUCCACAUAUGGCAGAAUGGGACCAGAAGGAACUGUUCCCAGUGGAUGUAAUGCGGAGAGCAGCCCAACUAGGCUUUGGAGGGGUCUAUGUACGAACAGAUGUGGGUGGUUCUGGCCUGUCACGGCUUGAUACCUCUGUCAUCUUUGAAGCCUUGGCCACAGGCUGCACCAGCACCACAGCCUACAUAAGUAUCCACAACAUGUGUGUCUGGAUGAUUGACACAUUUGGAAAUGAGGAGCAGAGGCACACAUUCUGCCCCCCACUCUGCACGAUGGAGAAAUUUGCUUCCUACUGCCUCACUGAACCAGGAAGUGGAAGUGAUGCCGCCUCCCUUUUGACCUCCGCUAAACAACAAGGAGAUCAUUAUAUCCUUAAUGGCUCUAAGGCCUUCAUUAGUGGAGGUGGUGAGUCGGAUAUCUAUGUGGUCAUGUGCCGAACCGGAGGACCAGGCUCCAAAGGCAUCUCAUGUGUAGUUGUUGAGAAAGGGACCCCUGGCCUCAGCUUUGGCAAGAAGGAGAAAAAGGUGGGGUGGAACUCCCAGCCAACUCGAGCUGUGAUCUUUGAAGACUGUGCUGUCCCCGUGGCCAACAGAAUUGGGAGCGAGGGGCAGGGCUUCCUGAUAGCCAUGAAAGGACUGAAUGGAGGGAGAAUCAAUGUUGCCUCCUGCUCUCUGGGGGCUGCUCAUGCUUCAGUCAUCCUCACCCGAGACCACCUGAAUGUCCGCAAGCAGUUUGGAGAACCUUUGGCCAGUAAUCAGUACCUACAGUUCAAAUUAGCAGAUAUGGCAACAAGAUUGGUAGCUUCACGGCUCAUGAUCCGCCAGGCAGCCAUAGCCCUGCAGGAGGAACAGGAGAAUGCUGUGGCCUUGUGCUCUAUGGCCAAGCUCUUUGUGACAGAAGAAUGCUUUACUAUAUGUAACCAGGCCCUACAGAUGCAUGGAGGCUACGGCUACCUGAAAGACUAUGCUGUUCAGCAGUAUAUGCGAGAUUCCAGGGUCCACCAAAUCCUAGAAGGUAGUAAUGAAGUGAUGCGGAUGCUCAUCUCCCGAAGCCUGCUGCAAGAGUAGUGCUCCAAGAUGCUACUCCAGCUUGGCUUCGUGUGCAACAGGAUUCACUGUCAAGUCUACCCAGGUAGAUACGUGACCGAUGGCUCUUGAAUUGAAGGCGAGGCUUUGAAAGCACCAGACCAUUUCUUCUGUAUGUCGGCAGUAGCCUGCUCUAGAAGCGGAAACCAGCAGAACUGAAGGAACCGUCUAGAUCAGAAACAGCAAGAAGAUGUAUGGCCUUAUUCUCCUAAGGCCAGAAACAUAACCCAUGAAGACUCGCUAGCAAAUCAAAAGUCCUUUCUGGGAACCACGAUGUCUGUCUGGAUUCGUCUGCAUUUUGCUGCUUCUCUGGACUCACCGUCUUCUAGGCAUUUGGGCAUCUUAACAGAGGGCUCUUCCUAACUAUCUAGUAAAGGUGUGGUAAAGGGGAAGGAGAGAAAAAAUACCCUCCUUGCCUGUUCUCUGUACCUUGACUUAAAAUGCAGGUUACUGUGGGUAACACUCCUUCUGUAAUGACCUUCUGCUUAUAAAUCAAGAUAUAAUGAGUGUUUGGGGAGCUCUACUCUGAAGCUAUGAUGAAGUGUCUCCCCACUCUACAUGACUCAAAAUGAAGAGAUUGAGAUUAUUAGGAACUUUCCAUUUAUAUGAUACUAUAGGAACAAUAAAGCUGACUUGAGUAAUGAUGGAAA